AUGGCCAGUCCUGCAGUUCCAUCGACCUCUAGCCCCGCCCACGAGAGCUUAGUAGAUGAGGCUAGUAACCGUGCUUUUACUAGCCAUCGUCCAGCUGAGGAACAGAAUGAUGAAUCUUCUUGCCCCUGGAGAACAUCGCUUUACUACGACGAGGAAUGUUCUAGAUACUUCGACUGUCCUUCGCAUGGCAUCGAGCGACGACUUUCAGUGGACGAACAGCCCACCAGCGCAGAUAUCGAACCUAGAAAUCACAGCGGCGUUCAUGCUAGCUCUACAGAAACUGGAGGUGCCAGGUUAACGAGCGGCGAAAGGCGGCCGGGUGAACAGUCUGCUCUGAAUUCCGGAAGUCAUCAGCACCAAGACACCACCAGUGCCGCCCGUUCUCGAUUGAACAUGGAAAUUAGUGGACUCAGCAGCUCAGCGCCGACGGCGAGUCUUCUCCACGUUGGUGCAGAGUUCGGGGAGCCCAGUGGAAGUCAGCCUGGGGGGGCUCACGAUGCGAACGCAUCAUUAGCCUCACAACACAUACCCAGGGAUCACAGCGGAGAACAUGGUCAUGGCCAUUCAGACCUUGACAGAUUUCGAGCGCUCGAUAUCAAUGCAGUCCUCAAUAUGCCAUUGCCGGAAACCCAGCGGGGCGAGCCAUCUAUUCCCCUACCCAUUCAAAACGAGGAAAUCGAUGCACAACACGGUGGGGGCGAGAGCGUCUCAUCGGAUUUUGCUUUGCCUAGGUGGCAGCCAGAUGCAGAAGUAACAUACUGUCCUAUCUGUCAAACGCAGUUCAGCAUCUUUGUUCGCAAGCACCAUUGCAGAAAAUGUGGCCGGGUCGUUUGCAACUCUUGCUCCCCACACAGGAUCAUCAUACCGCACCAAUAUAUCGUCAGGCCCCCGGGAUCAGAGAUACCUAUACCACCGCAGACCCUGCUCACAGACCAGCUUGGGCUUGGGUACUUUGAUGUCAACGGGAUACCUGGAGGGGAAAGAGUCCGGUUAUGCAACCCUUGCGUCCCUGACCCAAAUAUAGCCCCCCCGCAAGGCUUGUCCUCCUCUUCUUCAACGCCCCCAGUAGCGAACUUUCGCGGUUCGCAUUCAAGAUCAAGAAGCAGCAUAGGAAAUGCCUACGAGGCCGCCAUGUCCUCAAACAGUCGUCAUGGAAUUGCAUUCAAUGCUGGCCAACUUCAGGAUCCUUUCUCGUCCUUAUCCAGCCGUGCCUACCGGGCGAGAAGUGUGACGCUUAGUCCUGGAACGCAUUCAAGAGCCAGCAAUUCCAGCCGGAGGAUCUCACAUGCGUCUUCUAUCCGGUUCCCAGAAAGCAGUCUGUCUGGAGCUACAUCAUCCAAUAUGCCACAUCGGUACAGUUCAUUUGGAGAAGCUCGAGCAUCAUCUCGGCACCAUCGACAGCUGCCCCCACCCCCUCAAAUUGCAGAAGAAGAUGAAUGCCCGAUCUGCCAUCUUGAACUCCCAUCUCGAAGCCUAGAAAACUUUGAGUCUCUCCGCGAGUCUCACAUUACAUCAUGCAUUCAAUCGCACAGUACUUUCGGGAGCCCCCGGACAGGGGAAGGAGGUGAACCACAAGCAGCUCCUCGCUUGACCGGAAUGUACACAUACCCAGCAACAGAGAAGGAUUGUGUGGAUGAUGCCGAGUGCACGAUUUGCUUAGAAGAGUUCGUUGUGGGAGUUCCUAUGGCACGCCUGGAGUGCCUUUGUCGAUUCCACCGAUCUUGCAUUGUUGCCUGGUUUGUCAACCACCCUGGACGCUGCCCGGUUCAUCAACACGAUGGUUUUGGGUAUUAA